AUUUGACAGAAGGAAGAGGAUCAGUGACAGAAAGGAAGCCUACCUCAAAAAGCCGGGUUGUUCUGUUGGUUUCUUGAAGAAACUGGUAUCUAUGGCCGUUAAAGGAAUGAAUCUAUGGAGUGUUUGCUGUCUUGUCCUUUAUUUUGUUGCGGCAGUGCUUGCAGGGUAAGUACUUGUUUCUAUACAACCCGAACCUCUGCAAUGUUCAAACCGGUCCAACCGCGGUAUCGCUAGCUGGUACACAUGUUUCAUUGUGAUUGGUCUAUGCUUCUGAAGCCCAUUCUCCAUGUGUAAAAAGGCUAACGUUAGCUAACUACUAACUGGAGAUGGAAAGAAGCAAUCUCAGCAACGUAAACAACACUGUAAAUAAAAUCCUUGUUCAUAGGGUAGUCAACAUCACCCUUGCCUGAUUCUUUGUUUCCAGUAUCGUGAAUCGUGUGUAGGCUGUCAUACUAUCUACUCGAGGGAAUGUCAUGGAAGAGUGGGCUAACUUGCUCAACUGGCUUUGGAGAGCCGUUAAUAUCAAACUGAAUACACUGGACUGGGUGAUGCCCAUUUAGAAUUAUUUACUUCACAAAUACAAGAAACAAGCAAAGAUUCUUAGUCUGAUAAACCACACGUUUGUGAACCCUACUCCACUUGUCACUAUCAUGAAGGGAAAAAUAUCUAAGAUCCUGUAAGUAGCUAAACCCCCCCCCCCCCUCCUCUUAUUUUGUCCUCUAUCUACAGGCGAGAUUUCUACAAGAUCUUGGGGGUGAGCAAGUCUGCAUCCGUGAGGGACAUCAAGAAGGCUUACAGAAAGCUGGCUCUCCAGCUGCACCCUGACAGAAACCCAGAUGACCCAACUGCUGCCGACAAAUUCGCAGACCUUGGGUCAGCCUAUGAGGUAGGAAGUGACCCCCUGUAUUUCCCUGUAUCUUUUGCUCAUAAAUAUAACUUAUCUCUCUGGUAAUUGUUCUUUGAAUGGCGCUUUUGUUUGACAAUAUAUGCUAUCAAUAUCAUGUCAUGAUGAGGAUCUUGUCUUGUGUAGCUAGUCUCAGAAACAAACAAUGCACAUCAACAUCAUUGUCAGUCUUAUGAAGAGAUUUAAAAGAUUUGAAUGGCAACUGAGUGUUGAGAUAAUAAUGCUUUAUUGUUAUGUAUCAUUUAUGAACCUUUUAUAAUAGUAAUUUGAUCUGGGUGUGUAGUAAUAUUUUGCUUCAGCGUUCUAUCUCAUUUGCGGAAGCGCUCGAGGCACGGAUACAAAAGUAUUUUGUAACAAACGUAAGCGACCUAUUUGGUUGUUGUUGGAAACAACUUGGUGAUUUUGAUUGGCCAAGAAGACCGUGUGGCUGCCUCUGAUUGGCUCAUACUGUGGUCAGUGUGCUCUCAUGAAACACGACGUGGAGCACUCGGAGCGGCUCAGUGAAACGUACAAUGAUGCACACCGCACCAGUGAUCACUGAUAACGUGUAGAUUAGAAACAUCAUCCAAUUUCAUGAUUGAUUAAUUUUGAAUGGUUAAACUAUUUAAGGGGGUGAAAUGUGAUGUUAAGAAUUUGUAAUUUAAGUUAAUUUCAUGUUGCAAAUGUAAAGAAAUCAUGUACUCUACAGUACAGUAUUUUGUGACUUAAAAAGAGGAAUUCGUCCCUGAUGUUGUGCUGUUUGUAGGUGCUGUCUGAUGAAGGGAAGAGGAAGCAGUAUGAUGCAUAUGGAGAGGAUGGUCUGAAAGAGGGUCACCAUGGUUCUCACAGUGAUAUUUUCUCCAGGUACAGGAGGUUUACCUAAUAGAUUACUAUAAAAGACUGUACAUUAUGGAUUCAGUAUAUAUGAUAAAGGAUAUGGUCCCGGUGCUUAACAAUGAUAUCCUCAUAAUCCUUGUGGGUAUAUGUCUAUGUGGUCGCGCCGAGACCAGGCUUACCAGGGCUUUAGUUUGUAAUAAAUGCUUAAUACCUGGCUGAAGUGUGUUCAAUUACAAGCUCCUGCUACAAGCAGUGCUUGACUUGGACUGAAAUGGGUGCUGGUGCUAAUUUGGGGUGCUGGUACUGUUUACAUUUAGGUGCAGAAGCUCCACAAUACUUUUGAUCUAAUAUUCUAUAAGAGGAACAGGAGCUCAAGCAGUAGAACAUUUGAGGUGCUGGUAUUCAGCUCCUGUGAGCUCCUGCCUAUAUCAAGCACUGGCUACAAGCCAAAUAAUGCCUCUUACCCAACUGUUCCCUCACACUCCGUUGCCUCUUCCAGUUUCUUUGGCGACUUUGGCUUCACGUUCGGAGGAAACCGGCAAGGACAACAGGACAGGAACAUCCCCAGAGGAAAUGACAUCGUGCUGGACCUGGAGGUCACACUCGAAGAGGUGUACUCUGGGAACUUUGUAGAGGUACACUUCAACCCUGAUGGUGGUCUGUGAUAUACUGUCCGUAUCCGAAAUCUGUCUUGGCUACUACUUAUUAAAACUACAUACUGUGUACUAAUUGUGCACUGUUUAGUAAAAAUUAAUGCAAUAAGCAUAAAAUAUCAACAUGCUAGGCUCAUCCAUACUGAGAAUGCGUAAUCUAAAAUGAGCAAUUGCGUAGAUUCCCGCCAUUCGUUCAUUUUGGUACGCUGCGUCACCUAAUGUGAUUUAUCAGCUGUUGUCAAACACUCAACGAUUCUCUUCCUCAAUAGUGUGCAGCGAAUUCUACUAGAGAUAAAGCUGAAUUGAGUAUGACAUCCUGGCAUUGAAAGCAUACUGAAUAAAAAAUUUUUCACAUACUAUAAAACUUUCUAUUUUCGCAUACCCAAAAUGCCUACUAUUUAGAACGCAAGUACAGGUAUUCGGACACGGCCACUGUAUACGAUUUGUGUGCACCAGUCCUAGCCUAUUCCAAUACAUACCCCCCAAUCUCAUCACCUAUAUGUACAUCCCAGGUUGUUCGUAACAAGCCUGUAGCCAAAGAGGCCCCUGGGAAACGGAAAUGCAACUGCAGACAGGAAAUGAGGACGACGCAACUCGGACCUGGACGCUUCCAGAUGAGCCAGGAAGUAGUGUGUGAUGAGUGCCCCAAUAUAAAGUGAGUCACUGCUCCAGGGGUGCUGCUCUGUAGUUGACUCUGUGCUGCGCCUACUCUGUCGUGUGAAUGUUGGGUUGGGUGCUGUCAGCAAAACAUUUAGAAUUUCUGUGCAAAUGGAUAAAUUAAAGAUGUGUUCUAUACUAGUGGUUCCCAACCAGGGGUACUAGGACCCCUGCGGGUACUUGGCCAAUCUGCAGGGGGUACUUGAGAAGACUAAUGACACCAUAGGCUUACUGGUAAAAUGCACAUGAGGGGGUACUUCUGGGGUACUCUGGGCAGAGCAAAAUUCAGUUGGUGGUACAGUAACCGAAAAAGGUUGGGAACCACUGUUCUAUACUGUCAUAUUGACUGUGCUUCUGGUUAAGAGUGUUAACACAGGAGUCAAUGGGUUCUUUAUUUAUGUGUUCAGUGAUGAAAAUGUGACUGUCUCCAUGAUCCCAGGCUGGUGAAUGAGGAGAGAACUCUGGAGGUAGAGAUUGAACAGGGAGUGAGAGAUGAGACGGAGUACCCUUUCAUUGGGGAAGGUAAGCUACUUACUCAACCAUCAGGAUAAUGGGGGUAAAAAAAAAAGUGGUAUCAGUGUCUAACUCACAACUACGUCUGUCUCAAGGUGAACCUCACAUCGAUGGAGAGCCAGGGGAUCUACGCUUCCGCAUCAAAGUUAUGAAGUAAGAGCAGAAUUUCCUUAUUUCAGAAAUAAUAUAGUGGUUCUAAUCAGGCUACUAUUAACUUCUAUACCUUCUCUAGGAGCCAUGCUUUGUUGCUAUAGGACAUUCUGUCAACACUAAUACAUUAGUGUUACGUAAAGAUCAUUGGAGGCUGCUGAGGGGAGGACGGCUCAUAAUAAUGUCUGGAAUCCAAUGAAUAGAAUGGUAUCAAACACAUGAAAAACAUGUGUUUGAUACCAUGUACUCCAUUCCGGCCAUUUAUUAUGAGCCGUCCUCCCCUCAGCAGCCUCCACUGGUAAAGAUCUUUGGAAUGUUCGCUACUUCCUGUUGUCUAUGUGACUCAACACUUCUAUUUAUAUGGCUGCUGUAUGCAAAUGCUUUCUCACUCUGUUAGGUAGCCUGUCUCUCUCUAUUAUAUAAGAUGUAUGUUGUCAGUUGUGGAAGCUGUUUUGUGUUGUCUAUGUGACUCAACCCUUCUAUGUACAGUGCAUUCGGAAAGUAUUCAGAUCCCUUGACUUUUUCCACAUUUUGUUAGGUUACAGCCUAAUUCUAAAAUUGAUUAAAUAAAUAAAAAUCCUCAUCAAUCUACACACAAUACCCCAGGCACAGAUCUGGGGAAAGGUACCAAAAAAUGUCUGCAGCAUUGAAGAUCCCCAAGAACACAGUGGCCUCCAUCAUACUUAAAUGGAAGAAGUUUGGAACCACCAAGACUCUUCUUAGAGCUGGCCGCCCGGCCAAACUGAGCAAUCGGGGGAGAAGGGCCUUGGUCAGGGAGGUGACCAAGAACCCGAUGGUCACUCUGACAGAUCUCCAGAGUUCCACUGUGGAGAUGGGAGACAGCCAUCUCUGCAGCACUCCACCAAUCAGGCGUUUUUGGUAGAGUGGCCGACGAGGCAAGGAUAUUGCUGCUAGUAAGAUUGCACCUAAAUCAACCAUUUAUCGGAUCAUCAAGAACUUCAAGGAGAAAGGUUCAAUUGUUGUGAAGAAGGCGUCAGGGCGCCCAAGAAAGUCCAGCAAGCACCAGGACCGUCUCCUAAAGUUGAUUCAGCUGCGGGAUCGGGGCACCCCCAGUGCAGAGCUUGCUCUGGAAUGGCAGCAGGCAGGUGUGAGUGCAUCUGCACGCACAGUGAGGUGAAUACUUUUGGAGGAUGGCCUGGUGUCAAGAAGGGCAGCAAAGAAGCAACUUCUCUCCAGGAAAAACAUCAGGGACAGACUGAUAUUCUGCAAAAGGUACAGAGAUUGGACUGCUGAGGACUGGGGUAAAGUCAUUUUCUCUGAUGAAUCCCCUUUCUGAUUGUUUAGGGCAUCCGAAAAACACCUUGUCCGGAGAAGACAAGGUGAGCGCUACCAUCAGUCCUGUGUCAUGCCAACAGUAAAGCAUCCUGAGACCAUUCAUGUGUGGGGUUGCUUCUCAGCCAAGGGAGUGGGCUCACUCACAAUUUUGCCUACGAACACAGCCAUGAAUAAAGAAUGGUACCAACACAUCCUCCUAGAGCAACUUCUCCCAACCAUCCAAGAACAGUUUGGUGACGACCAAUGCCUUUUCCAGCAUGAUGGAGCACCUUGCCAUAAGGCAAAAGUGAUAACUAAGUGGCUCGGGGAACAAAACAUCGACAUUUUGGGUCCAUGGCCAGGAAACUCCCCAGACCUUAAUCACAUUGAGAACUUGUGGUCAAUCCUCGAGAGACAGGUGGACAAACAAAAACCCACAGAUUCUGACAAACUCCAAGCAUUGAUUAUGCAAGAAUGGGCUGCCAUCAGUCAGGAUGUGGCCCAGAAGUUAAUUGACAGCAUGCCAGGGCAGAUUGCAGAGGUGACUCUUUGCAUAAACUGAAUGUAAUUGUCAAUAAAAGCCUUUGACACUUUUAUGGAAUGCUUGUAAUUAUACAUUCUCAAAACUUUUGACCACGACUGUAUAUGUCUAUUUCUAUGCCCACUACAGGCAUCUUUCUUUCCCUCUCCCUGUAAGCUAGCUUGAUACACCAAUGUAUUGUACACUAAUAUCUUGUCAGUUGUGGAAGCUGUUUUGUUGAAGAGUGAUUUAGUCAUGUAUAUGUGUACUGACAGACAUCCAGUGUUUGAGCGGCGAGGAGAUGACCUGUACACUAACGUCACCAUCUCCCUGGUGGAGGCUCUGGUUGGCUUUGAGAUGGACAUCACACACCUGGAUGGACAUAAGGUAGCUAUGGACGAGUGAAGCUAAGAAAUACAUACAUACACUGUUUUACUGGCAUGUACUGAAAUGUUCAUAGACGUUUUGGAGGGGACUUGAGCCAUCAUUGAUUGCCCCAUCCUCAAAAAGCACAAAGACUGAUUGAAAAGCAAAAAAUAUGAAUUUUUGUUCUCUGUCUAGAAAAUAAAGUAUUUAUUCAUUAUAAAGUAUUCUUCUAAAAGGACUUCUAAGGAAUCAGUGACACACUUUGACUCCUCCUCUGACUACAGGUCCACAUUGUGAGGGACAAGAUCACUAAGCCUGGUGCUCGGCUGUGGAAGAAAGGAGAAGGCCUGCCCAACUUCGACAACAACAACAUCCGUGGCUCUCUCAUUGUCUCCUUCGACGUAGAGUUCCCAGAGAUACAGCUGAAUGACAAUCAGAAAGAGGGUAAGGAGGCAGUCGAUAAAGAUGGGUUGGGGGAUGGGACUUGUAAUGUAUUUAUUUAUGAGUUUGAGUUAAUUAAUGACGCCAGGAAAAAGUAGAUGGCAUGUUAUAUAUCAGUGGUGUUACAUACGAGGUAUGGGUAUUGUUGAUAUUAAGACUGAGGCGAAGGACACGCCCAUAGAACACUCCUCACCCCCCAAAAAAAAGUAACACAUUUACAAACUGUAAGCGAUAAAUAUACAUUAUAAUAAAUCGUUUUCAAAUUGCCGACUUUACACCACUGUCAGGAAGACAAUAAAGGUACACAUUAACUUCUCAGAUAUGAAUGAUUCUGAAAAAUGUAAUAAUUAUGAUCAUAAUGGAUAAUAAUUUACAAUUCGGGCUUGCUUUUGUUGUUCCAGGAGUGAGGGGGAUUCUGAAGCAGGCAUCGGUACAGAAGGUUUACAAUGGACUACAGGGAUACUGACACACCAACAGAUAGAAUCUGGACUGAGUUCUGUGCUACAAAACACACACGACACACAAAGGAGCAAGCACAGGGGUGUAUUUAUUUUCGGAUUGUUCUCAGGAUGGGUUGAUUUGUUUUAUUUUUUAGGGUUCAGGUGGCUUGAUGUUGUCUAUUUUAUUUUAAAGAAGUCCUUGUUAUAUUUAACAUCGACGGGUCGAAACUUCACCAUAUUUAUACUUUUAAUUUGCUUGCUCUUGUCCCCCUUUUUUACUAGCACCAUAAUGUUUUGGCCCUCAUACUUUGAAUUCCUUCUUUGCCUUUUUUAAUUCCCCUUCAAUUUCAGCUACUGUCAACCACUACCACAGACAUUUUUGAUAAUCAAAGCCCACUACCUGAUGUUAAACCUAUCACACCUGACUGGGCACUAAAAGAGGAGCUGGAUUGAGGCAAAGGACUCUGAAAUCAACGGACUCUCUCAUGGACAUCAGCAAGACUGGAAUACUAUUCCCCUCCUUGUUGUUUUGAUAACACUUUA